GGGAUCCACGAAAAGCAAGCAAAAUGAAAGCAUCGCUGAAAGAGGACCUGAGUUUUCUCAAAAAGGUACACAUUUCCUGACGAAGCCUUCCGCCUUAGCAGAACAAACACACCCCGAAUAUUUUGCCUCGGCGCCGAGCGCCGCUUUCCCGCCCCCUGCGCGCGCGCGCUGUAAAAAAAGCCGUUCGCGAGUUGUUUGUGUGUGUCGACGAGAAAAGUGCCAAACAAAGAACGAGUUAUACAGCGGGGAUCACAAACAAGCGUCGUUGGUUCGCUGGCGGCGCCCAUCCUCCUACGCCCCAUGACAGCGCUAGGCCUAUCGUCGCUGUUGCGUCGCUGCUCGGCAUUCCCGAGCGCUUCGGUAAUCGGAGGCGAGGCGUUGCCGCCACCGCAGUAGUGAGUGUGUGUGACUCGUCAUCGGCGCGUUACGGCGGUGCAGCAGCCACUGCGCCGCGGCAUGCCGUGAGGGGGAGGCGAGAGAAAAAAAUGCGCGUCGCGACGGCUUCUUCGACAACGGGAGCGACGACAAUACCCACCGAGGCAGCGAGAUGCCGUUCCGACUCAAGCUCAAGAAGAGCAAGCACUACAGCGUCGUCUCCAAGAGCCUGUGCGUCAUCGCCGUCAAGCUUCUCGAGAACGCGACCGUCGAGUGUAUCGUAUCGUCGCGGACGGCGGGUCGCGAGUGCCUGCAGAAUGUGUGCCAGCGACUUCAGAUCACGCAACCCGAGUACUUCGGCCUACGGUACCAGACACGCGAUGGCCAGCUACGAUGGGUGGACCUGGAGCGACCGCUCAAGAAGCAGCUCGACAAGCACGGCGCCGCGUCGUCGCGCGAAGGCGGCGGCUGCUGCAGCCUGCAACUGGGCGUCAUGUUCUACGUUCCGAACGCCGCGCAGGCACGCCGUCUCCUCCAGAGUGACGUGACGCGCUACUACUACUUCUCGCAGCUUAAGAGCGACGUCAACGAGGGCAAGCUGCCGUGCGAGCGUCGCGAGGCGAUACGGCUGGCCAGCUACAGUUUGCAGGCCGAGUUCGGAGACCACCGGCCCGAGCACCACACGGCCGAGUACCUGCGCAACUUCGUGCUCUUUCCCAAAUCGGUGCUGCUCGCGUGCGCCAACGAAGAAGAGGAGGCGGCGCUGCUGGACGAAAUCGUGAACGCCCACCGGAGUCUUCAGGGCUUGGACCACGCGACCGCGGAGCUCUACUACAUACAGACCGUGCAGUGCCUCGAAGGGUACGGCGAAGAGCGCUUCGAAGUGCGCGACCCCUCCUCGGGAGUCGACAUGGUCCUCGGCGUGUCAGUGCAGGGAGUGACCGCGCGACGGGUGCGCCGCAGCGGCGACCAGGACACGUCGCAGGCCGCAGUUCACCCAUCUCCGGGCGAAGAGCAACAGCACCAACCGGCGUUGUACGAGUGGAGCGAAAUCGUGGACCUCAUUCACCACAAGCGAAACUUCAAGAUUGUCGGCCGUGACGCGGCGCACUCCGCCCAGUUCCAGCUCGAAGACGUCAGCACGGCGAAGUACAUAUGGAAGAUGUGCGUGCAGCAACACGGUUUCUACAUGAGCAUGCAGGAGUCCGCGGCUGUGGCACCUGGAGGAGUGAUGGGAGAGACCUACACGCGUGCGCCCAGUAUCAACAUCGGCGGGGGCGAGAGCUUUCGCUGGACGUCUGUGCCGGACGCAGAGAACACUGGCGGUGAACGUGGGACGGAUGUUGGAGAGAGCAGGGAGUCGCUCGACGAGUUGGCGGUUUACCACACCGAGACGCGAAACAGUGAGAACUACGCGUUUCCUGGAAGCACGGGCGAGCUGGUCGACCCGAACCACAACGGCUACAAUCACCAUCCGACCAACCCGACCCCUGUCCGCGAGAAUGUUGCUGCAUCCACGGAGCACAUUCCGAUGCAUAACGAGAUCGGUCAGCAAGCGAACAGCGUGCACCACUCCUACGUGAGCCUCCCCCGUAGCUCUGAAAGUGCAACCGAUCUGCGGCGAGCCCUACUGCCAUCGUACCGGCAGGCGCCAGACUAUGAAACUGCGGUGCUCAACAAGUACGGAGUCACCAGCUGCAGCCUCAACGACCUUCCUCUUGAAACUCGACAGAAUAGUCAGGUGUAUCACCAGCAGCAGCAUCCUGCUACAACUUCAGCAGUGUCAAAUGAACUGGACAUUAGCUUGUCGCGCUCCUGCAACCCUCUACUUCCGCCGCUGUCGUACAUGCAUUAUGGCAAUUUUGCCGAUUUGACCGAACUCGGUGACUCCAUGUCUUUCGGUGACCUUGCGAACAACAACAACAAUCGCAUUGAUGGCAUUGCACAUGGCAGAGCACCACCACUACUCGCUCCACCAUUGCACACAUACAGCACUCCGGAGUUGACAUCUCAGGGAUUGUCGUACGAGGUCAACCCAGCACAGCUGUUUGCCAACAUGCACCUAAACUACCAGUACAAGCCACCGCCCCCAUAUCCAUAUGGCCAACGGCCCAGCGCGAGCACACCGGAUCUGACACGCAACCAUCACCAGCUUCGGGCAAGUGCAAGCCCAGACCUGGUGUCCCGUCGUCACCUCAGCCAGAGCACUAUUCAAGGGUCGGAGCCGAGUUUGCCGCAUUACCAGGCAGCUGUCAACGGGAACGUGACAUCCGAGUCUCUGAGGUCAAUUGUGGAGCCUCCGAGGCCGGUGCUUCCAACAUACGUGCCUGUCGGAGAGUCAUGGAAUGCGCAGGUGUCUGGAGUUGCCCAGCCCCAGCGGAUUCAGGUGUGUGUCAGCUCUCCGACGACGCGAGAACAAGUGGCAGCAGCAGCGGCCAAGCCAGUGGAUGCCACUCCAGUGCCACCCCCGCGGAAGCAGGUUACGGAGGAGAAACGAGAGCCGCCGAGUCAAGAGGCAUCGCCGGCACAUCCGCUGGGUCCCAUGAUGGUGGCAGCCAUGAACGGUCUAACCCUGACAGUGGCCCAGCCAGACCAGCUGCUGACCGGUGACCAGGACAGCGCAGAUCAGGAGUCUCCAUCGCCCAGCACGUCCAAAGACAUGAGGCCUGAACAAAUCCUCGAGAGCCGAUUGGAAGAUGGCCAGGUGUUUCUCGAGUUCGAGCGCAUUGCGAAGCGCAAGCCGAACGCCGACUUCACGACGGCACUGCUUUCGGAGAACACCUCUCGCAAUCGUUUCAGUGACGUCCUCCCAUACGAAGAGAACCGUGUGCGACUGACUCCUACCCCUGACAACCGAACUGGUUACAUUAAUGCUUCGCAUGUUUCGGCAAGCGUGGGUGACAGCCAGCGUUUUUACAUAGCAGCGCAGGGACCCACGCGAGAAACCGCCAAAAGCUUCUGGCAGAUGGUCUGGGAAAACCAUGUUGGUGUGGUUGUGAUGCUAACAGAAACCGAAGACGAACACGGCCGCGAGAAGUGUUUUCAAUACUGGCCUAUGGCUGACGGUGAUGAUGCAGCGCUCUCGUUUGGCGAAUACCGAGUGGCUAGGAAGGGUGUCGUGUCUUCCGCGGUGGCCGUGACGACCUCGCUGACGUUGAGCAGGUCGCAGGGCGUCGCCUGCAGCCACCGAAACGUCUGGCACCUCCGGUACACAGACUGGCCCGACCACGGCACUCCGGGGGACAUUCAGGGAUUCCUCGGGUUCAUGGAGGAAGUGGACUCGGUGCGCCGGCUGGCCUCGGGUGACCAGCGCCUUCUGCGGACGCGCAACACUCCGAUGGUGGUCCACUGCACCGCGGGCGUGGGCAGGUCGGGUGUGGUGAUUCUGUGCGACAUCUUGCUCUUCUGUCUCGAUCACAACGUUCCGGUGGAUGUGCCGAGGGUGCUGAGCUCUGUUCGAAUGCAGCGAAUGCUCAGUGUACAGACUCUCGCACAGUACAAGUUCGUGUACCAUGUGUUGAUACGGUACCUACGGAACUCGCGCCUUAUAUAAGCCCCAGUGCAGUGAUUGUGUGAUUUUUUCGCCGAAGCUGAAGGCACUGACGAUUUUGGCAUUGCCGACGAGACAGCUAGCUAGCUUGGUCAGCAACGGUUCUUAUUCAUAGAAUGCAGGAUGCCUGUCUAUGACCGCAACUGGUUGUGCAAAUGCAAGACCCCACUAGGUACCUCUCUUUGAAAACCCAUACCAUGCGAUGUUUGUUGAGCUACGUAGCUAUCAAACAGUUAUGUGCUACCUACAUAAUGCCCGCCUACAAAAAUGGAGUCACGAGCGUCCAUGCUGCAAAGACAUCAAAAGCUGUUGCUAUAUCACCCUUAUCUGUCUUUGGGUGUACUGAUGAAUAUGAAGUGUAUAUCUCGCCCUCUACGCAGCUGGAGUCUGCUUGAAGCAAUGGAGUACUGUCAAGUCUUUCAAGUGCACUUUCUGAGAAAAUCUCCAAGAUUGUCGCCCAUGCGCCGAAACCUGUCACUGCAGUCGAAUGUCGGUGUUCUACUUAGCUUCUGCAAGACACGAUUCCCUCUGCUUGUGGCAGUGAACUGUGCCAUUGUUAUACGAAUGGAAGAAAAGGUCUUCACUGUUUAUACUUGUAUGUAUAUACCAUUGUGGUUGUGAAGUGCCGACGUUGUGCAUGUGCAGACUUGGAUUUGAACGACAUGAAAACCUCAAAUUCCUCUGAUCAACAUGUUUGAGAGCACCACUGGCAUCGAAA